AGCCAAUCAAGUCGCUCGAUCGACCCCACAUGACGAAUUUCUCUAGGUACCAUAGCCUCGCGGCCAAUAAUAGGUUUUACAGGAAAACACGCACCUUCCGCAUGUCCGAGUUACGAUAUCUCCUCAUAUCAACACCACCAUCAUUAUCUGCCAUCCACCUCGCCUGAACUGCAAUCAGCGAGCCCUUGUAUUGCCAGAGGACUACCAUGGACUUAUAUGAUACUUUACAGACCGAAUUCCCUCAAAUUGAUACUUCCCUUCUUGCAGCUAUCAUUGCAGACCAUGUGCAAGAAGGGGACGACGCAACUCACUCCUCCGACCAGGUCGAGACUAUACGAGAUAUAUUAAAAGUUCUCGCAAACCAGGCGCAGGAGGAUGAGUGCGAGCUAGACGACAUUAUGUCUACUACGUCCCUCACCACUCCGGACCUGUGCGACAGUACAACGACCGCAAGCGAAUCAUCGUCAUCUCAGCACUCAUUCAGCUCACCACUUGGCUUCUUGCAAGAGGCUUUCUCGGACGUGCCUAUGGAACGCCUCAAGCGUCUACUGAGAGAAGAGUGUGGAGAAGCCCUGGAGGGAGACGGAGAUGUCGACAUGGAAAGACUGCUCGCCAUACCCACAAAAAAGAAGGCCAAGGGCCGCACGAUUAAAAUUGUGGACAUGAUGCAGACGCAGCAUGCCCCCCCUUCUCCAGCACAGACGAAAGGGAUGCAAAAAGAGGGCAUGGCUAUGGGCGCGGGUGUGGACAUAUGGACGCAAGUUUCCUCGCUUUCUACCCAACUCGCUGCACUACUUCCUCCAGCCCCACCGUCACAUUUUGCCUCCUUUUUUCACUCUCCAACGCACGCCACACCCGCGCACGCCCUCCGCGCUGCUCUUGCAGCCCUGCCUUCUACUUUUACUACCGGCGUCAAACACAAAGCAAAGCAAAAAUCCCCUAUCAAGAAAUCUGAUGCAGAUGCAGAAACCAACACGCUAUCCGCCCUUCUCGACCUCCUCCAAGCCUCGCCCACUUUCGCCACUCUUGAUACGGAACAACGUAAUACUUUGUACGCAGACGCUCGCAUCGCACUCUCUGCCGCACAGAACAGGCCGGAUGAUGCUCUAGAUAUCGUCUGGAUCCUGCGUGACCUCGAGCAUCCCGCAAGCCAAGCAGGAGUAUACCACCUCCCACCUCCUGUUUCAGGCUCAAAUUCGAAUUCUACUCCUGCACGUGCAAAGUUGCCAACCGGUCCUCCGUCUGUGCAGGCUCCACCAACGUCGAAGCGGAAAUUCACAUCCUCUCCUUCCAGUCCUAUCACACAGCACCAACCCCCGGAGUCAUGGCAGGACGUGCCUAUUCGAUCCCCCCGAACUAUACAACCCCCGGAGAACUCCAACCCCACGAACAAGCGUAAACUCCGUGGCGCGAGCAAUGCACUCGGCAAGGGCGGCAACGGGACAGGAGGGAACGUCUCUGGGGCGCGACAUGCGCACUUUUCGCGCGAGAUACUUCAGGCGCGCAUACAGCGCGGAGAGCUGCUGCGCAAGGCGGGCCAGGCAUGGCGGGGGUCAUUAGGUGGGGAGGUGGCGCUGUACUAUGCGCAGAGAGCGAGGGAGGUUACGGAGAAGGCGCGGGAGGACGCGUUGGACGAGGCAAGGGGGUUAGUUGAGGCGAAGAGAUACGCUUCCAACGACAAAAGAUCCAUCGACCUACACGGGACGUCUGUUCAAGAGGCGAUAGUGAUCACAAGUGAAAUAUUAGAGAGAGAGGGAUGUUCACCUGCAUCCCCUCUUCGCCUCAUUACUGGUCGCGGUACCCACUCUGCAGGGGGCGUGGGCGUAUUGAAGCCCGCGGUACACCGUGCGCUCGUGGACAAGGGCUGGGAUGUAAGGAUGUGGGACGGAGGGUUGGUCGUCCGGGGACGGUAGCGAUGACAUGUGCCUUGAUCUUUAUAUGUACGCGGGCUGAUGGAUAUUUAUACGAUUUUUCUUGGAUUUGUUGUAUCUUACGUCCAUGUAUGUCGUAUAUCCGUGUUUCGUCGAUACCUCCCUUCCCUUUCUUUUUCUCUCUUUUCGUAUGUGUACUUUACUGACCUGAUUGUGGUCUUGAUUUCCAUUGUAUACUUAGAGGUGUGUCGUUUGUCUCGUGAGGUAUAUGCCUCGUUAUACAUCUAUUCCUAUGCUUA